AUGGCGGACCACCUAAAUCUCGCCGCCGCAUGCAUCAGCGUAGUCGGUUUCCCGCACUGGAAGAACCAGCCCCUGGCUCUCCUCACUAUCGCCGCUGGCGCACUUCCUGGGAGAUGGUUCAAUCCUGUGCGCAUCGCCCAUAAUGCCCAGGACCUCACGAGUGACUUCUUUCCAUUAUCUAAUGCAGAUGAAAAAUCACCGGCACUAGGCGCUGAGAAUAUCACUGUUGACCUGAGCAAUCCAGUAUCGACUGAUUCCUCACCUCCGUCUAGGUCUUCCUUCGAAUCGUCACACGGGGUCACUUCUGAUAGUGGGGUCGCAACUCCGACGCCUUCGACUAUCUAUGUGCCAGUUAGUGUUGAAAACAGAACAACAACCUCUUCGACUCCUGCUUCGGUUUCGCAUUCUACUGGAAAGUCCUUGAAAUUUGAGCAUGACGCGGCUGUUGGUAAUAAUAAGACAGUACGGAACGAUCUAAGUUUGCCAGAAGAAACAGCUGGUCAGAACGAGAUAACGGCUGGCAACCCGACAGCUGUCGGAGACUAUACAGCCUCUCAGGAUGACGUAUCGCUAUCAGAAACGCCCCCUGCUAAUAUAGACAAAGAAAGAAUGAGCGCCGAUGAGAUUAUACACCCUGGUGUACCUAAGGCCGACGAAACAUACGAAAACAGCACAGCCUCCUGGCUAGUUCGCCUUUCAUCUUGGUUGAAUAAGUGGUUUUCAGAGACCAGAAACUUAAGUCUAAUCAGCUCACCGCGACCAAAUCAAUCGGCCAGCAGCGCACCUAGUUCCGCAACAGAACCUAUCUCCCAGUCAACCCAGAUUGCUAGCAGUCCAUCCUCAGCACCAUCCGAUGUCUUACCUGUCCGAAACAACGAAACCAACUCAAUCACAGUGGAGCCUCCAGUGUCGAUUCAUGAUUCCGACUUCACCACACUGCUUGUGCCCUUCCUUAUUGCCUCUUCAGCUCUAAACGCUGUACUCGUAAACUUCGGUAUCUAUUUCUGGCGACUGUCUAAGAAGGUAUCAGUUAAUCCUCAACCAAUUGUCCCCGGUCCGGUUAUUCUUCGACAAUCAACUAUUACGGCGGUCGCGGCUCAUCCUCAGCCUGUUAAUCCUUCGUCCGUCGAGCUCGAACAAUCGGAUAUCUCUAUGACAUACGAUUCUGCAUCCUUGGGCCCGUCACCUGAUUUUCUUCAGCUAUCAACUAUUGAGACUAUCGAUAGGGUGCCCCUGGACCCUUCGUAUGCCAAUGUGCAGACCCAAACUGAUUCAGUGAUCCAUACGCUGGCCUUCUCGAGUAUGUCAGGAGUAUCCGUGGAACCCCUUCCUACGGCUCUCCAAAAAUCAGACACCACCAUGGUAGCUCAAAAUACACCUGCGCCCAGUUCAUAUAACGACAUAGAGAUUCAGACGUCUCCUACAGGUCUGCCGUAUACCGACGGAGGGGCGCAGGUAGAGCCAGUCGUACCUAUCCUUGGCUUCUCGAGCAUCGAGCAAGAGCCUAUUGAUCCGGCAGCUGUUGCUCUUCAGCGAUCAGUAGUCACUACGAUCUUUGACGCUGAACCUGAGCCUCCCCCAUAUACCGACGCAGAGGCUCAGGUUGAACCAGUGAUGCCUGCCCUUGGCUUCCCGGAGGUUAAGAAACUAUCUGUAGAUCCGGUACCCGUGCCGCUUCCUUCAAAUACCAAUGUCGGGGUCCAGGUUGAACCAUUCCAUCCUACCCUUAGAGUUUCGAGUAUUGAGCAGUGGUCUGUGGAUCCAGUGUCUGUGCCACUGCCUUUGAACACCAACUCUGGGGUCCAGGUUGAAGCAGUUCGUCCUCUUCUCGAAAUCUCGAGUAACGAGCAAGUUUCUGUGGAGCCUGCUACCGUUCAAAUCCCGUAUACCAAUAUGGGGGCCCAGACAGAGCCUACUCCUCUAAACUACUCCAAGAUUGAAGAAGUCUCGAUGUCUCCCAAGCCUUCUUUAUAUGGUGACGCUGGGGUCCAGGUUGAAUCAUUCAUUCCUCAUCUCGGAAUCUCGAGCAUUGAGCAGGUUUCUGUGAAGCCUGUUCCUGUUCAGCUUCUGUGUACCGAUACGGGAGCACAGACGGAAUCUGCUUCUCUAAACUACUCAAAGAUUGAAGGAGUUUCGUCGUCUCCUGAUAAGGGAUUUCCUGUCAUACAUUUGUGUUCCGGUUGUGAAUUCGCUCCUUCAGAACACCGAUGCUCGGGUUGUCACACCGCUCCGAGAGAAAGUGACUCAGGUCGUCAAACAGACUCAGCUGAGGUUGAGCACAAUGGUUCAAGUUGCGAAGGAGAUUCUUUUCAAGUUGAUAAUACUGAAUCUGGAUUGCAGAUAGAGCCUGUUCAGAACAAGCAAAAAGAGGCAGUUGCGCACACAGACCCCGGUGCGCAAAUGGUAUUCGCCGAACCCACCAGCGCCAGUGCACCCACUGUCACCCAGCGACUGGUUCACAACCCUUUUUCCCAUGGUAACUUGAAGCCAGCACACCAACAAGACCCCAUUGACACAUUGAACCAUGUCGCUUGGCCCUACGGUCCUACAUACCCAGCACCCGAAGGCUGGCGUACGCGCGAAGACUUCACAUACCCUCUGCUCUCCCCACCCAUGCCCCCUGACCCCAAUGAUCCGAACGUCGAUAAAAAGUGGCUUUGGAACCAGAAACGGCGGUGGAAAAACCUUCGACACCUCCGUGAAAAGGAGGCGCAACUCGACUACGAAGAGUACGUCCUGGGCCCGGGCUCUGCUUCGCGCAGCGUAGAGCGGACAGAGCAUUUGUUUCGCCCUCAGUACAAGCACAUGACCGAGGAGGAAAGGGCCAAGAAGGAUAAGGAAGCAAAGAGGUUGGGUCAGCAAAAGUGGAGGAGACAACAGUGGGCUAGGAACCAGAAACCGGUGAAGGCCCAGAGAGACGGCGGGCAAAGAGACCCAUCCAAUUUCCGUGUGGAUCACCGCAAUCCUAGGAAUCUUGAGGCAGCAGGGUUCGAAUUGCCGAUCAGACUUCCAUCGAGAGAAGUGGAUGACAGGGCAAUCGGGCGGCCCGACGACAACGUCCUUGUCAAUCCACCCCAGGAAGAAAAGGCACACGCGAACGGCCCAGGUCCAGAAAACCCGGAGGAAGGACAAGGACCGGCUCUACUGAGAUUUCCAGCGGUGGACAACAGGAACCCGGGGUCUCUAGAGGAGAACGUCCUCGUCUAUCCGCCUUCGCAGGAAAAGGCACGCGCGAAAGAUCCUUGUUCAGAGGAGUCGGAAAGGAAAAAGGACCGGGGCGGUCCAGAGAGAGCCUAA